CCUCUGAAAAAUGGGACCGGUGCCAUCUAACACAGAGGACAAUGCUGUGGGGAUUAAACAACUUUACCCAGGGGAAAUCGCCAGGCAUGGAGUGGGUGCCCCACGAGCGUUUGCGGACCCGAACAGGGCUCGGUCGGGAAGGUUCUAAAGAGCGUGUUCGCGAGGACGCAGGACCCCCCAGGCCUGCAGCCACUGGCGCCUCCUCGGCCGCGGACCGCCGAGGGUUAAUGAAAAAGCCCCACGCCCCCUUUGACAGCGCUGAGCCCACCUCGCCGAAUUUGAAAAGGCGGCCCUGGUGAGGCGUGGGCGCUCCCGCCCCCCCCCCCCCCCCAAACUUCCAACUCCCGGCCGGGCUCCGCUCGCUCGCCGGCUCCGUCGUUCUGCUCCCGGCGGGGGCCGCGGGUUCGGUCCGGCCGCCGGUGCGCUCCCGCCUGUCCUCCCGCCCGGGCUCCGGGCCCCCGCGGGCGGCCGCGCAAGAUGAAGCUGGCUCUCCUCCUGCCCUGGGCGUGCUGCUGCCUCUGCGGGUCGGCGCUGGCCACCGGCUUCCUGUACCCCUUCCCGGCCGCAGCCCUGCAGCAGCACGGCUACCCCGAGCCGGCCUCCGGCUCCCCCGGCAGCGGCUACGGGAGCCGCCGGCACUGGUGCCAUCACACGGUGACGCGGACAGUGUCCUGCCAGGUGCAGAACGGCUCGGAGACAGUGGUCCAGCGUGUGUACCAGAGCUGCCGAUGGCCCGGGCCCUGUGCCAACCUCGUGAGUUACAGGACUCUGAUCAGACCCACAUACAGAGUGUCCUACCGCACGGUGACGGCGCUGGAGUGGAGAUGCUGUCCUGGCUUCACCGGGAGCAACUGCGAGGAGGAAUGCAUGAACUGUACCCGGCUCAGUGACAUGAGUGAGCGGCUAACCACACUGGAGGCCAAGGUUCUCCUGCUGGAAGCCGCAGAGCAGCCCGCAGGCCCGGGCAAUGACUUGCCAGUCCCCCCGAGCACCGUCCCACCCUGGAAUGAGGACUUCCUUCCAGAUGCCAUCCCCCUCGCCCACCCAGGGCCCCGCAGGAGAAGGCCCACGGGCCCAGCUGGGCCCCCGGGGCAGACGGGACCGCCAGGGCCUGCAGGUCCCCCAGGCUCCAAAGGUGACCGGGGCCAGGCAGGAGAGAAGGGCCCAGCAGGGCCUCCUGGCCACUUGGGGCCACCAGGGCCCCGCGGGCUUCCUGGAGAGACGGGGCGCCCUGGGCCCCCUGGCCCCCCCGGCCCAGCAGGCAGCCCGGGCUUCCCUCCAAACAGCCCUCAAGGGGUCCUCUACUCCCUGCAGCCACCGACGGACAAGGGCGAUGGAGACUCACAGCUGGCCUCGGCUGCCGUGGACACAGUGCUGGCUGGCGUCCCGGGGCCCCGGGGUCCCCCUGGCCCUCCAGGUCCCCCUGGACCACACGGUCCCCCAGGACCCCCAGGUGUCCCUGGAUCGCAGGGCCUGGCCGGAGAGCGGGGCGUGACGGGACCGGCUGGUGAGCCUGGCGGGAAGGGGCAUGAAGAGGACAAAGCUGCUGCAGAGGGUGAGGGGGUGCAGCAGCUGCGGGAGGCCCUGAAGAUCCUGGCGGAGAGAGUCCUCAUCCUGGAACACAUGAUUGGGAUCCAUGAUCCCCUGGCCUCCCCCGAGGGGGGUUCUGGCCAUGACGCUGCCCUGAGAGCCAGCCUGAAGAUGAAGCGGGGCGGCUCCCCGCCCGACAGCGCCCUCGCUGCCCUGCUCAGCCCUGACCCUGGGCAGAGGAGCGCCGGCCGGGCCAGCGGUGGCAAGUAAGAGGCCAGCUCUCCAGGACAAGCCCCAGCCCCGCCGGAGACCUGGCCUUGAGGCCCGUGUGGCCCUGCUGGCUCCUGAAGACCCACCAAGGGGCCCUGCACUCCAGGCACGGACGAUCACAAGAGACACUGGCUCCUGGGGUCUGGGGGGGUGCUUGGGGACAGAUGGCAGCUCCAGAGGCAGGGUCCAGAGGGCCCCAGCACUCUUGGCAGGGCCCUUUCCUGGUCCCUGCCCUCCCCACCCUCACCUUCUGCAGGAGACGGGGUCUGGGGGGGCUGGGCGGGGCAUGAGAAUAACCCUAAUACUCAUCAUUUACUGAGUCUGGGCCUGUCCAAGGAGCUUUCCCUGCAUUGUCUCAUUUAACCCUUAGGAGGUAGGCUUGAUAUCCCCACUUUCCCUGGGAGGAUGGAGGCCUAGAGAGUAUGAAUAACCUGCCGAGGCCACGGGACCAGGGACAGCUGGGACAGGAUUUGAACCCAGGCCUCCUGGAUCCUUAACGCUCUACCUGCCAGCUUCCUGUCUUUGCAGAGAAACUCAGGCUGGGCACAGGGCUGUGGGAGAGGCUGGACCAGCCAGCAGGGAAGGAAGGCAGGGUCCUGGGUCUUCUUCCUCAAUCCCUGUCCCCAGGCUUGGGGUCUGCUGCAGGGUCUGGCAGCGCCAGGGACACCCUGAAUAAACCCAGGACUUGGGGAUAUUGAGAGAGGAGCACUGGGGUGGCAGGGGCCUUCCUACCAAACCGGCAUUGCCCACCGCUGCCUCCUGGCCUCUGGACCCAGCCAGCCCAGCAGGGCCCUCCUGCCCAUGAGUUGAGAGGAGGAAGUAGUUACUGGGCCGGUGCACCCCGAGGAGGCCAUCGCUGGUAGCUCUGCCCUGUCUGGGAAUCUCUAGGGCUGGCCAUAUCUGGGUCACACGGCAAGUCCCACGUCCCCUUGACCAGCUAGAGACAAGAAAGCUGCCCGAGUCCCAGGCCCCGUUGGAAAGAUGCUGUCUCCUUAGGGCUGUGGGCCCAGGCAGACUCCACAGCAGACACCCGGGCCCGGGGAUCCCAGAGCAGCUCAAACCACAGGCCUCUUGGGCCAUGGGCUCCCCUGUGACCCGGCCUGGCCCUGGUGCUCCUCUCUUACUGGGCCAGGACCCAGUCUCAGUAGCAGGCUCGGAGGUUUUGGUGCCACCCCAGGUCAUGUCUCCCCUCAGGACUGGAGCCAUCUGUCCCCAGUGUCCUUGGGGCUCUUGGGAGGUUGUGGCCAGGCCCCGGUAAGCUCCCCCUGCCCUGUGUGAGGCAGGACUGGCCUGGGGGCCGAGGGGCCGCAGUCAGAGGCCGGUGGGAAGUCUAGAAUGCUCUGACAAUAAAGGUGCU